UUUUAUCGUCUCUCUCGACUUCACCUCUUCUCUUCUUCAUAGCUGCGAUCCAAGAGCAGGAGAUCUUUGAAGUUCAAACUACUCUUUAACUGUCUCUGUCCUGGUUCUCUUUCUGUGUCCAGAUGGCUUCGUCGACGAUUCUUUCCCUCGGGUCCGCCUCUCCUUUGGCUUUGCUAGCCGUAAGUGAGAAUUCUAAGGUGCCACCGCAGAAAGUGAAGUUCGGUAGCUCCGGCUUGACAAAUUCGUUUCUCAAGGCAAAGGGAAAUUCCUCCCUUAAGUCACAGUCUUUUGGUCGGAUAUCUAUGACUGUUGCUGUCAAUGUUUCUCGCUUUGAGGGUGUAACAAUGGCCCCGCCAGACCCAAUUCUUGGGGUUUCUGAAGCAUUCAGAGCAGACACAAAUGACGCAAAACUCAAUCUUGGAGUUGGAGCAUACCGAACGGAAGAACUCCAACCAUAUGUGCUUAAUGUUGUUAAGAAGGCAGAGAAUCUUAUGUUGGAGAGGGGGGAAAACAAAGAGUAUCUUCCAAUUGAAGGUUUGGCUGCAUUCAAUAAAGUUACUGCGGAGCUGUUAUUUGGAGCUGACAAUCCUGUCAUCCGAGAAGGAAGAGUUGCAACUGUUCAAGGUCUUUCUGGUACUGGUUCUCUUCGCCUUGCUGCAGCACUUAUAGAACGCUAUUUUCCUGGUUCAAAAGUUCUGAUAUCAUCACCAACUUGGGGUAACCACAAGAACAUCUUCAACGAUGCCAAAGUUCCUUGGUCAGAAUACCGAUAUUAUGACCCUAAAACAGUUGGUCUAGAUUUUGAUGGGAUGAUAUCAGACAUAAAGGCAGCACCAGCUGGGUCUUUUGUGUUGCUUCAUGGCUGUGCUCACAAUCCUACUGGCAUUGAUCCAACCCCUGAACAGUGGGAGAAAAUUGCUGAUGUCAUUCAAGAAAAGAACCACAUCCCUUUCUUUGAUGUUGCAUACCAGGGGUUUGCAAGUGGAAGUCUUGAUGCGGAUGCCUCAUCGGUGAGAUUAUUUGCUGCAUGUGGUUUGGAGCUUCUGGUUGCUCAGUCAUACAGCAAAAAUCUGGGGCUUUAUGCAGAAAGGAUUGGAGCUAUCAAUGUUGUGUGCUCAUCAUCAGAUGCAGCAGCAAGAGUAAAGAGCCAGCUGAAAAGACUUGCUCGACCAAUGUACUCAAAUCCUCCAGUUCAUGGGGCUAGGAUUGUUGCGAAUGUUGUUGGUGACCCAGCUCUCUUCAAUGAAUGGAGAGAAGAGAUGGAAUUAAUGGCUGGGAGGAUAAAGAAUGUGAGACAAAAACUAUUUGACAGUCUUUCUGCAAAGGAUAAAAGUGGGAAAGAUUGGUCAUUUAUCCUGAAGCAGAUUGGCAUGUUUUCCUUUACUGGACUCAACAAAGCCCAGAGUGAAAACAUGACGAAUAAGUGGCAUGUUUACAUGACAAAGGACGGAAGGAUAUCUCUUGCUGGAUUAUCUUUGGCAAAAUGUGAAUAUCUUGCAGACGCCAUCAUUGAUUCUUACCAUAAUGUCAGUUAAAAAGAGGCUGGAUCCUGAAUAAAUUGUUUUUUUCUUAUACUUUUCACAAGGCUUUUCAGUCUGUUGGGUACCUUCCAUCGAAAUUUUGAGCCCUUUAGUUCGCCACUAUUCAUCACUUGUCAUAAUUUCUAUAUGGAUGUGUUGUAAUUUAGGCUUUUUGUGUCACUGCUGGGAACCUUUGUCUUUUAAGUCCUAAUAAUGCCAAAUAAAUUUUCUUGUCCUGGAAGGACCUUUAAGAAUUCUUUGGUGGUCUUGUGGUUGGUUUUCA